AUGCUCCUCCAGGUGGGCGGUCAUCCAGAUACAGUACACGAGCAAAAUGGAUACAUUGUAAAGGAAUGUACCGAUGCAGAAGCUCUCUUUUACCAUGAAACACACGCGAUGCACCAUCCACAUGCGUCGGCACUGCGUGCUUGGAUGCCGCGGUGUUAUGGCAUUGCGGAUGAGCGCGGUCAAUGGCUCGAGGGAUGGCCGCGCGUGCCGCUGAAGGCCAUGCGCGGGACGUAUUCUGUCACACUAGAAAACCUCGUGCGCCCUUUUUGUCGCGCGAAUGUGUGUGAUAUCAAGAUCGGCACAGUCUUGUACAACGAAGCCAACCCUCGUCUGAGUGCCGAAAAGCGCGAGCGAAUGCAGCGCAAAGCGCAAGAAACGACCAGCGGAUCACACGGCCUACGUGUGACGGGGUAUUGUUCAUGGGACGCGCAUGCCCAGUCCUUUUACACGAGUGGGAAGGUGCCUGGCCGAGCCGCACGGACCACAGAUGAUUUGCAACGGCUCUUGGCAGCCGCUUGGCAGGUUCCCCCCGAGGUGCUACGCGCGCAUCUCGUCCCACGUAUCAAGCACUUGUGUGAUUGCUUAGCGCCAGUGCCUGUGAGUCUGUGCAGCGCCAGUGUGCUUGUCGUAAUGGAAGGAGACGACGCAGCGAGACAAGAACGACUGGCCCAUGGCGAGCCUAUCUUCGAUGUACGCCUUAUCGACUUUGCCCACUCGCGCUGGUGCGAUCAACCAGAUCAGGGUGUGCUACGAGGCCUCUCUACGCUGUAUGAACUAGUUCUGCGUCUCGCUGCUGAAUGA